GACUACAGAGCGGCAACAGCAACACUAUUGGUCUAUUGUGAAUAUUAUGAGUGAAAGGUUUUUGACGGACGUGUGGUUUUAUAAUUUGUUUUGUUUAUUUAUAAAAUAUUAUAUUGUAAUCCAAAAUGAAUAAAUCGAAAAUAAUAUGUAGCAAAAACUGUGUAGUUUUUGCUUGAAAAUGAUUUUAAGAGACUUCAGUGAAGUGAGAUCUUGGCUUCAACAACAUCGUCAGAUCGUAAAGUUUAGUCAAUAAUAAAGACAUCAGCUAUGGCAAAACGUAAAGAAGAUAAAUGGGACAGUCUGGAAACAGUGAAGACCUUCGAUUUAGGCACAUACAACAGCCAUCAUGAGACCAUAUUCCAGCAGAGCCGCCAACAACUGGACUUCAUCAGCUACGCUGCCACCACACCCAUCUCACUCCUGGUACAAUCUCUUGUCAAACAACUCUGUUCUCUCCUUGAAAAAGACCAGAACCGAGCUAACCAGCUUUACAACACUAUUUGUGAGAAACUCCAUAGUAUGAACCUCAUUGAUAACUCAUAUUCCAUGGGGGAGUUUGAAGUCAUGAGGAGUCAGUACCAAAAGGCUUUAUACCAAUUGGUUUCAGUCACAAAUGGUACUGAAAUACCAAUUACCAUCCCAGCAACUUGGCCUAUCGUCCAGCCCUCCGGUCUUGAGUGGUCUCGUUAUCAUAGAGAAUUUGAAGAGCUGUUCUAUAUUGCUGCAGGUGGGUUUGGACAUGUUUUCAAAGCCAGACACAGGCUAGAUGGUGUAGAAUAUGCAGUUAAAAAAGUGUACAUAAAAUCGUCAGAUGUUAAUUCUAUCAUGAAUCAUUUGGCUGAGGUCAAAACUAUAGCCAGCCUCAACCAUCCAAACAUUGUCAAUUAUAAAGCUGCCUGGUUGGAGCCCCUGAUUGAAUCCACGUUCAAGAAAGAUAUGAACAAGUUACGCAUGGACACAGAUAGUGACAAUGAAUUUUCUGAACUGAAAUCCAAAUUAAUCUCAUCUGCUCAUCCCAAUACCAUAUCCUCCUUCAAAACGCACAAUUCUAAAGACUUGACCAAACAAACUAGCAUGUCUGAUUUUGUAAUAUCCUUCAAAAACUCCAGCAGUUUUGAAAAAGAAGAUAGUUCUGACGAAAUAUUUGACGAGUCAGAUACAGAAUCUGAUGAAGAAAAUGCGGUUUGCAAGUUGCUUUCGAGCGAAGAGUUUGAGAAUUGCUCAAGAGUGAAUUUGAAAUGGGCUACUUUGUAUAUCCAGAUGACUUACUGCCAACAGACUUUGAAGCAAUGGUUGGACAAGAGGAACCACUUAUUGGUGGGGACAAGGAAGAAUUCCGAAGACUUCUCCACUGAUAGUUUGGACUGUCAUUACUCUCCGGACAUAAACUAUCCAGUUUCUUGGACACAUAUUGACAAGAUCAUGGAUAUGUUCACACAGUUGGUGCGUGGUUUGAACUACAUCCACUCUCGGGGAGUGAUCCACCAUGAUGUGAAGCCCAGUAAUGUGUUUGUGGAGGAGAGUGACAGUGAAGUGAGGGUGUUGCUCGGGGAUUUCGGGCUGGCGUGUCCGCUGCAGCAGUCCCACAGGGGCGUGGCUUUGGGGACGCAGUUCUACGCGGCCCCUGAACAGCUUGAUGGCCAGUGCAAUCCAAAGAGCGACAUGUACAGCCUCGGAAUCAUACUCCUCGAGAUGGUCCAACCCUUCAGCACAGACAUGGAGCGGGUGAAGACCAUAGAGGCACUCCGGAAAGGUCAGAUACCAGCUAACCUCACUGCCAACUACCCGAAGAUAGCCCACAUCAUCGGCAAACUGGUCCAGAGGCGACCUAGCAAGAGACUUGACACGAAUCAAUUGUUGGACGAAUUGCAGCUUCUCUCGGUGAAUAAGGAUGACACGAUCAAGGUGUUGAGAGAUGAGCUGGCUGCGAAGGAUGAAGAAAUAGCACAUCUGAAGAUGAUGUUAGCUAAGUGUAAUAUUAAUUCUUGAAUUUGUGGUUUUGGCAACAAAUAUCUAGUGUUGUACUGAAUUAGUAUAUCAUAAUAAUAGUAUCUUUUCUUUCCUUGAAAUAGUAAUGGUUGGAUGGAACAAAUGGGUUUGGUUAUAAAAUCGAAUGUAAAAAUGUAACAAAGUGUUGAAGCAUAAAUUUUAAGAUGAAUGUUAUAGAAAUUAGCCUUUGAUAUUUUAUUCUCUAUGGGAGACAAGUAUUGAUAUUCGCGAUUUAAAAUUAUCAAAUCGUUGAAUGUGCAUACAGUUAUGAAUAAAUCAGGCGGAAGGUUUGCUGAAGUUCAGUAAUAUCACCAUUGCAAUGAUUUUUUUUGUGGUUAUUCCAUAAUUUUAUACAAAUAAAAGAUAUUUUGAAAUGUAUCAAAAAUAUCAGGCAUUAGAGUUAUUUGUCGUCGAAAUGUGUAGGCAAUGGACGAUUGAAGAAUGUAUGAGAUUGUUGCAUUGUUUUGUGUACAUCUGCCUCAUAGCGCUACAAUGUUGUGUAAACGAACGGUUUCUUAUGAAAUAACACCACUCCAUUGUGUAUUUCCCUACUUAUUAGUCGAAGUAUAUACUUGUACUGUUUUUUUCCCCAUAAUUAUUGAAUUUCGCCUCGUGUAUUAAUAAUUGCCUACUUACCAGUGUAAUUUUUUCAAAUUUAAAAUUCUUUAUUCAAUUAGGAUGAUAUACACAUGGAAUUAGUAGGUACAGUUAUACGAAGUACUUAUUAAAUCCGUGGAUAUACAUCACUUAUUGACAAAAAUAAACUUAACCUUACAUACUUACUCAUAAUUACAGUGAUAAUUCUUAGAGCCUGCUUUAUCACUAUCUGAUAAAUCGUAAGCUCGUAAUCUAACAGAUGAACUAACUUCUAGAUAAAUCUGCCGGAUGUGAUUAGCCAGUUAGCCCUAUCCAAUCCAACAUUUGUGUUUGUUAUGUUAUAUCUAACAGAUAUUUUAUCAGCAAGCUGUGUAACAGGUCCUUAGUGUUUUGAUUAUACACUGUGUUCAUUACGGACUUACAGAUGGAAAUAAAAUAUUUUGAGUUAAAAAUUAGAUAAGUAUAUUCUUGCUUUUUUAACACGAAUUGGUAGAUUGACAUGAAUACAAUAAUGAAAAACUAGAUUAGUAGUGCGCGCGAAGGAAUCAGUGUUUAAUAGCCAUUGGCUGCAAGGGGGUCGCGGGCGGGAUUUGGGGGUUAUUUAAAUUUAAAUUAAUGUUUUUAUCUUUUUAUAUCAAUAAUAUAACCACAUUGAGGUGUCGUAGAAUGGAAUUAUGAUAACUUUUAUACUGCUAAAGUACUAAAUUCAGUUGAUGUCAUAAGAAUUAAUUAAAAUUUUAACAGUAUUGCAAUGAUUCUUGAUUGAAUGAGUUUAUCUUGAAAUGUAUUUGUAAAUUAACGCUUUGAAGGUAGUUGUAAUUUAUGGUUGUAAUAUUGUCGAGUGAGUAUUUAUUAAUUACAAUCGUCCAUUAGCAAUUUCAUGUACUUACAACUGAAUUUGCAUGCUUGUGUGAGUGAUACAAUAAAAUAUGUUUUUU